AUGUUAAAAAUUAUUAUCCCAUCUCUCAUACUCCUACCUCUAACCUGAUUAUCAUCUAACAAAAAUGUAUGAAUUAAUGUCACAGCACACAGUUUCUUAAUCAAUACUUUAGCUAUAGCAACUUUAUGACAAAUAAACGAAACAGGUAUAGGACUCUCCCAGACAUUUUAUAUUGAUCCACUAUCUUCAUCAUUAAUUAUAUUAGUUAUCUGACUUCUACCACUUAUACUACUAGCUAGUCAAAAUCAUAUUAAAAAAGAAACCGACUACAACAAAAAACUUUAUAUUUCUAUACUAAUUAUUCUACAAACUCUUCUAAUCCCAACAUUUUCAGCAAACGAGCUUAUACUAUUUUAUAUUUUAUUUGAAGCCACACUUAUUCCAACUCUUGUAAUCAUUACACGAUGAGGAAACCAAACAGAGCGAUUAAGUGCAGGCCUUUACUUUCUCUUUUACACACUAGUAGGAUCAAUCCCAUUACUAAUUGCUUUAAUUUCCAUCAACUCUUCACUAGGAUCAUUAAAUACAUUACUUCUAACUUUAUCUAAUUAUAUAUUAAACCAAUCAUGGUCUAACCAUAUUUUAUGACUAGCAUGCAUGAUAGCCUUUAUAAUCAAAAUACCUUUAUACGGAGUACAUCUAUGACUUCCUAAAGCUCAUGUAGAAGCCCCUAUUGCCGGGUCUAUAAUUCUAGCGGCUAUUCUACUAAAAUUAGGAGGUUACGGAAUAAUACGGCUAUCGGUAAUUCUAGAUCCACUAACAAAAUCUAUGGCUUAUCCAUUUAUUAUACUAUCACUAUGAGGAAUAAUCAUAACUAGCUCAAUCUGCCUACGACAAACAGACCUAAAAUCACUUAUUGCCUACUCAUCAGUCAGUCACAUGGCACUAGUUAUUGCAGCUAUUAUAAUUCAAACACCAUGAAGUUUUAUAGGAGCCUCAGCACUAAUAAUCGCUCAUGGUCUUACAUCUUCUCUACUAUUUUGUCUUGCUAAUACUAACUAUGAACGUAUCCACAGCCGAACUAUAAUUAUAGCACGAGGUCUACAAACAGCUUUCCCCCUCAUAGCCCUAUUUUGAUUCUUAGGAAGCCUAACUAACCUAGCCCUUCCACCAUCAAUCAAUUUAAUUGGAGAAUUACUAAUCUCAAUUUCACUAUUCUCAUGAUCAAAUUUUACCAUCUUAUUAGUAGGAACUAACAUCCUAAUUACAGCCCUAUAUUCACUAUAUAUACUAAUUACUACUCAACGAGGUACGUUAACACCACAUAUAAUUAAUCUACAACCAUCACACACACGAGAACUUACCUUAAUAAUACUCCACAUUACACCACUUUCACUUUUAAUGAUUAACCCAAAAUUUAUCAUAGGCAAUACAUUAU